UGCAGGAUAGCAGCAGCCGAUGUGGCUCCACCGUGGAAAGCCUCACUCGUGAGAAGUGUUGUCCCCCCACAAACUAUUCCAGAAUUGCGCCACCUCAAGGCUUCACAACUUGAUUUUGAUGGCGAUUUGAGGUUGAACGGUCGCAUAGAGUGUGAAUUGCGGCAGUGGCAUCUGAAGGGAAUAUUUUGUGUGCACCUGCGAAGCGCUGGAGCCUUGGAGUCUGUUAAUAUGCGCCCUUUUGUGCAGUACCCAUUGAGGGCAGCCUUGGGGCACGGCAAUCGACGUACUCUUUCGUCAUUGCGGGAGCUCGGUGGAGAGAGAGUAUCAGUAGUUCGUUCAAGUUCCACUGAGUUUGGAGCGAACAUCCAAAAACCAUGCUCGUCGUCAGGUCAUCGUUGCAGAGUACUGUCAAGCAACCACUACCAGAUGCUCCUCGGAAGAUCAGAGACCACUAUCCCACAAUUUUCGCGCUUAAUUCAUGUUACCAAAGCGGUGGACCAAGAGGGGGGUAUUCCCGUGGAGGAUGAAGGGAAGAAACUGGUGGGGAAACAGUACGAGUGUAUCCAUGCGGACCUGGUGGCUGAUGGAGAUGUGGGUUUAAUCACGUUGGACAGACCCAAGGCUUUGAAUGCCCUAUCACAUGCCCUCAUGGUUGAGGUUGUGGAUGCCUUGCAAACAUUCGAUGCAUCUACUCAGGUGGGAGCAAUCGUAUUAACAGGAAAAGGUAAAGCAUUUGCUGCUGGGGCUGACAUCAAGGAGAUGAAAGACAAGACGAUGGUGGAUGCUUAUGCCUCUCGUUUUGUAGGUCAUUGGAAUGCUGUGACUGCCAUCCGUAAACCUAUAAUUGCGGCCGUGAAUGGCUAUGCAUUGGGAGGAGGCUGUGAGCUAGCAAUGUUGUGCGACAUUAUCCUUGCAGGCGAGAGAGCUCAGUUUGGUCAACCCGAGCUUAACUUGGGAACCAUUCCUGGUAUUGGAGGAACGCAGAGACUCAUCCGUGAAGUUGGCAAGUCCCGAGCCAUGGAGAUGAUUCUGACUGGUAAAAACUUUAUGGGAGCUCAAGAAGCUGCCCAGAGAGGACUUGCCUGUCGUGUGGUGCCAGGAGAGGAUGCAGCAUUAGUGGCAGAAGCAAUCUCCCUUGCAAAGGAAAUUUCAAAACAGUCAAAGCCUGUUGUGGCGAUUGCCAAGGAAGCUGUGAAUACAGCCUAUGAACUGGGUCUAACGGAGGGCAUAAAGAGAGAGCAGAUAAUGUUUUAUGCUACAUUUGGGUUGGAGGAUCAGAAGGAAGGUAUGUCCGCCUUUGUUGAUAAACGUAGUCCAGAGUUUAAGGACAAAUAAGCCUUCGUCAGGCAGCUAUCUUGGAAUCAAAGUUGUGGUUACCAAGGUCCAGGGGAAGCAACCAGAUGUCGCCACAGGGUCAAAGAAUUUGUAUGCCUUGUUUGUUGAUGAUGGGCAGGAGGGACAUAAAAAUGUGAAGAACCCAAUCUAAUAUCACAUUCAACAAUAACCUCGCUCAACUUUUUCUGUUAGAAUAGAGCUUUACUGUGUGCAUGGUGGGUUAGUGUUUCUCACUUGGUGAACCUCAGUGAAAAGUUCUAUAAAAAUCUGUCAUUAUUCGUGACAUCAAAUAAAAUAACUUUUUUCAAAAUUUUAAAUUUUAAA